AUGUCAGUUUACAGUGGUUUUUCUACCCGUCUUCAAGAAACACAAUAUUACAAGCUUACUGAAAAUUUAAUUUACCUGCUGCAAGCAAAAAUUCUUUCUUUGGCAAAAUUAAUCUCUCAUGAAGAUGAAGAUUGAGUCAAACAAUUCAAUAUCACUUAUAGCCUUAAUUAAUUACUUAAAUUAAUCAGAAGUCCCCUGCAGGCAAAUACUAGCCUCCGCAUAACGUUCCACCGUUUGUUCCCAAUGAGUUUACAGGCUACAGAUUUAAGAGAACAGGUUGGCUCACAACGCCAUUUAAUGAAUAUACCACUUAUAACCAAAUGGCCAAGCUGGAGUUGCAUAAAUAUUUAGAGCCAAAGUUUUCAGACUCCUGCAAAAAUUUAGCAAUGCACUAUUCAAGCUACUAUCUAGAAGAUGAAUAUAAUAAACAGCCGAGUGUUAAGAGUAUAUCUAGAGAAAGAAGCUUAAAAAUUGACAAACAUGAACUAAUUUGCUUUACUAAAGAAUUGAAGGAGAGUUAGUAAACCAGAUGUCUAGGACCGAAAGAUUCAUAAGCCAAACCCCACAAAGAAGAACUAAACCAUGGCUACUGCUAAAAUCCAUAAUAAUUUUUAAUCAUUUUUUAUUAUUUCUAUAUAUUUUUGCAAAAUAAAAACCUCUAUUAGUCUUUAAUUUUCUAUUUUUUAUAGUAUUCUACAUAUUAGAAACAAUUUUAAAUAUAAAUCUCCAUUGAAAGUAAUAUUUUCCAAAAAACAAUAAACCAAAAAUCCAAACAAAAAAAUUUCAUCGACAUUCCUAUCAAAACUCUGAAACAUUAAACCAAACUCCAAGCCAAUCGAGAUAUUAUAGCAAAAUUAUGAACUCCUUUCUAAAAGGAACUCCCAAAAAUGCAGUAUCAAAAAAUCCCAGCAGAUGGAGCAAGAAAAAGAAAAGAGAAGAAACUCUGAACUUGGAUUUACAAGACUUCUGGCUAAUUGAUGACAAAAUUCAGCUCAUUGAUUAA